AUGGAUUUUGCUUUGGUUGCCAACCAUGUUGAAACAUAUCAUGGUGACUCAGUUCGGGUUGCAACCUACGAGGGCAAAGGCCGAGUGCUGUUGGCUGAAGUGGACUUUGAGCCAGGAGAGCGAAUCCUAUUGGAAUAUCCUUUGAUUGAGGUGGUGGAGGAUUCGAGUCAGGCCUACCAGGAGUUGGUCAAGUUGAAACAGGCGGAGCAACUGGAGUUUUUGCCCAUCUUUUACUGGGCAGCGCUUUCAUCCCUCACCCCACAGCAAGUGGCCAGUGCCUGCGUCCCCUGGCGUGCUGUGCCCAAGGAGACUCAGGUGCAAGCUUUGCAGCUUCACAUGGAAGACACGUCAGCACCCUCUGACAGUGGCACGUGCUCCUUGCGAGCCCAACUUCAAGCACUAGAGCAGCCGCUGAGAUUGUCAUUGCCGCAUCAGCUUUCGGCCAUGGCACGUCAUCUCUUGGGGCGUCUGCUGUCGCGGACUGCCCCGGCCCUGGCGGUGGUGGAAAGCUGGCGAAGAACCAAGAAGCCGCAGAGCAGGUGUGAGGAUGGUGACCCCGUUGUGGUGCUGGGUGGAGGGGUCAUGGGCCUCUCAACGGCGUGGAGUUUGGCUCGCAGUGGCGUCAAGGUCACGUUGCUGGACGCUGGCCACGCCGAGAAGGGCUCCUGGGGCGAGUCGCGCAUCGCGCGCGUGAGCUACGCGGACCCGAUGCUCGUGCGCCUGGCGCGGCGGAGCUAUGAACUCUACGAUGCCUUGGCCAAAGAGAGCGGGGAAGAGCUGAUGUGCUGCCUGGAUGUGGGCUUCACACGAGAGAGCUUGGAUAGCUUGGCAGAGACCUACGAAGAGCUGGGACAAAGUUAUGAACGUUUGACCCAUCGUCAGGUGGCUCAGCGUUGGCCCAUGCUUCAGCUUUCCAAGGAGUAUGUGGAGGCUUCGGUGUUCUGCCCCAAUGGUGAUGCAGUGCUGGCCAGUGUGGUGUUGGAAACGUUGAAGGAACAGCUGAUUCGCUUGGCGUUGGCUCAGUACAUGGAGCAAGCAGUGCUUGAAAUCGAUCGAACCAAGAAGACGGUGACGCUGGAGGAUGGCAGAAGUAUCAAAUACUCCAAGUUGGUUGUAGCAGCCGGCAUUUGGACGAACCAUGUCUUGAAGGCCAUGGAUCUUGCGUUGCUGCCAUUGGUUACCAGCAUUGAACAGCAGACCUACUAUGCUACACCUGAAGGAUCAGAGAUGUACAGCUCUGGUCGUCUCCCCGUGAUCAUCGAGCACAACCCAGCGCCAGAGCCACAGAUGAAGCGUCGAGGAGGCUACAUGAUUCCUCACCUGCCGGAUGGUGUGGAUGGCGUAAAGUUUGGCAUGCACCGUCAAGGGCCCUUGAUGGAUCACAAGGACUUCCCCGUGCCCCCCGGUUCCACGGCUGCGGUGGACAAGAUCUUCGCGGCCAGCGCAACGCGCGGCAAAGGGGAGCUUUGGGUUCAAAGGUGGCCCGAUGAGGAGGACCGGCACCUGCGGCAGGAGACCGACGCCUUCGCCCGGCGUGUGCUGCCGUCCUUGCGGACGGCGAAGGCGGCGGAGCUGACGAUGCGGUGCCCCUACGACCAACAGCUCUACAGUGAUGAGGACUUUGUGGUGGGCCUCCAUCCAAAGGAUCCCAAUCUUGUUGUGGUCUGCGGCUUCGCGGGCGAGGGCUUCAAGUUUGGCCCAGCCAUUGGUGAACUCGCGGCGUGUCUGGUGACAGGCCGACCCUUCGCAGAACUGCACUUCUUUGACGAUGACCAGGAGUUUGAGUGCGGUCCUUCCUACUACGCGUCUUGGUUCGACUGGGACUGCGAAAUGAUUGGGGACGUGACGCCAAGCUACAUGUACAUUCCCAAGGCCUUGCAGCGCUUGCGGCGAUAUUUGCCGCAGGCCAAACUGGUGGUCUUGUUGCGGAACCCCAUCAACCGUGCGGUGUCGCAUCACAACCACGACCUCGCCAAGUACAGGGAUGUGGGAGACUUGGAGGGGCGUUUCGAAUUAGAAACGAGCAUCGAAGAUGCCGAGCCUUCCCUUUCCGAUGCUUUUGGACGAGGUUUUUACAGCAUCCAGUUGAAGCGGAUCUUUGAUCUCUACCCGCGGGAUCAAGUUCUUGUCCUCAUCUCGGAACGCUGUCGAAGGGACCCACUGCGAUACUUGCAGCGCGUGGCGCAGUUCUUAGGGUUGCAGGAGGUUCCCUGGAUGUCGUGGGAGAUCUUUGAGGAGCAGCACGUACGUGGCUGGUACUGGGAAACGCCCGCACGUCGUUUUCGGAAACGGCUGCAACGGUACUAUGCUCGCGAGGUCCAAGUCCUGCGCAGCCUGUUGCGGGACGCGCUUCCUGAGUGGAACAAAGACUUUGGAUGGCGGCACUACGUGCCGCGACAGCCACGACAACUGUGUUGGCGUGGUGUGGAGCGUGACGACCGAGGUCGAGACACGCUGUUUUUUUUCAGGAUGAAAACCAUAGGAAAACUGGCGAAAUCCAUAGGUGUGCUACGGAUCGUGGAGGCUUUAUGGGACAAAGAUCCCCCAGAGGCCCUUCUACUGGAACGGCUACUACAGGCAUGGAUCUACAACUCCUUCGACCUGUCAGAAGACGGUAAACAGGCCGGUGUGAUCUUCUUCGCCUCUGCGAUGAUGUCCCAUUCCUGCGCACCCAACGCGGCUUGGCAUCUGGACGAGAAUAACAGCUUCAUCCUGCACGCGCGGUGCUUCAUCGAAGCUGGAGAGGAGGUGACGAUUUCCUAUCUCAGCCCGGAAGAAUUGAUGCUGCCGACCCUCCAUCGACGAAAGCUGCUGCAGAGCACCAAGGGCUUCACUUGCGGCUGCUGCCGCUGUGUCGAAGUUCUAGACCCAGCGAGGGCCUUCAAGUGCGGAGAUUGCGGCACAGAGGCUCUGGCGCGGGCCCAGCCAGAUGCCGACAAGGAUGAACUGGUUUGCCAGUCCUGUGGGCAGCGCGGCGAGCGCGGCGAGCCCGGCGACGGCUGGGCGCUGCGUGCCUUGCAGCUGGAAGCGAAGUUGACGCCAUGGGCCAGGUCGCGGCCAUGGUUUUCGACCCUGGCAAAGGUCCAGGACGAAGUGGACGAUGCGCCUGAGGCCAGCCUGGCCGAAGGCGAAGGAGUCCUGAGCGACAGGCAUUGGAUUAUGGAUGCAUUGCUGGCAGCUCAAGAGUACCUGAAUCCUCAACUGGCCAUUGAGGUUCUGCAGAGACGCCUCAGGGUUCACCAGGAAGACUACUGCAUGACGCUUCGCGCGCGGCUUCAGGUGUCAUUGGCCAAGGCGCUCUGCAGAGAUGGUCAGCAUGGUGCCGCCAGGGAAGCGUGUGCCGAAGCAGCCAAGUUCUUCGCCAUUCUCUUUGGGGAUGACCAUCCAGAGCACUUGGAAGCAGCCGCGCUAGCGCAGCAGAUGGCCGCCAGCUCCAAGGCCAAAAAGAUGAAGAAGGAACGCAAGAGCAAAGGAGUCCCACAGGGCUUCACGAUGGUCCAAGUAGAAGGCGACACUUCGGAGCCAAACCGCAAGUCCUCGCAAGAGGUUCGAUUCUACCAGUCGAACACAGAGUUGCUGAUUCCCAAAGUCAGCUUCCAGCGUCUAGUGAGGGACGUCUGUGGACACAUCAGUGGCGCCAUUCGCAUGGAGGCACAGGCCCUGCUGUGCUUGCAGGAAGCGAGCGAGGCCUUUCUCUGCGGCCUCUUCGAAGACGCCUCGCUCUUUGCCCAGCAUGGGCGCCGCGUCACGGUGAUGAAGCGUGAUUUGCAGUUGUCUCGCAAGAUCCGGGGAAGCGAAGAAGCAGGAUCGAAGAAGUGGGAAGGCGCCAAAGAUGAUCAGGAACCAGAGCCUUUGCAAGAGGUCAAGUCGUCGCCUUCAGGCCCUUCAGGCCCUUCAGGCCCUUCAGGCAUCAAAGCAUAG